GGCAAGGUGUCCCUAAGGAGGCUGCAGCAGCAGUGAUAAGAGCUGGGCCUGGAUGAGGAGCCCAAGCAGAGCAGGGGACAGGUUGAGGGUCGCAGAGCAGCUGGCGGGGCCUGUCCUGUCUCACUGGGCCUCACCUUCCUCCUGGCAGCUCCUGCCUGGGGUGUCCAGGUGGCCUCUCUAGGACAGUGACCGCCUUUCCUGUCCCCAAGCCUGGAGGAUAAGGGUGGUUUGGGUGCAGGGUUUGAAAGCUCUAGGAACCUGAGCUGAGCCGCGGGAAGAGUUGGGGACGACACUACACUACUGGGCAUCGCUUCCUUCCACCUCGCUGCUCUGGGGUCAGUCUCGCUGCGCAGGUGGCACUUGGGAAAGCUGGAGCACAGAGAGGGGAUGACCCUCACUGGGGGGGUCUGCAGUGCAAGGGUGGGCAGGAAAGUGGUCCCCGAAAUGUUAGAGUGCAGGACAGGCCCCCUCCGGUGGUGGGAAGAGCCUCUGAUCACUUUGGAGGCUCGCUGUUGCUCCAGGGGACUGUGUCCCUAGCUCCUCCCCUGGGAAUGUCCCCUCCCAUGUGGCCCCACUCCUUCCUCUCCCAGCUUCCUUCCCUUUUCUCCUGACCUACCAACCCUUUUCUGUCACUGCUGGGGCAUCUGUCCCCAAGACCAGACGAUCACAGAGGGAAAAGCCCAGAACACCAGCCUGGAGAGGGGAGUGUGGAUCGUCCUGGGCCUACUGUCUAACAGAAUUCCGGGCAGAGAAGGCCGGGUCCUGCUCUUUGUGUGCCUCCCCAUCCCUCAUCUGUUCUGGGGACAAGUCAGUCCCUCCGUUUUAGAGGCUGGACAGUGUCAAGUGUGUCACCAGGUGAAAAGGACCUCACACUGAUCCCGCUCAUAGGAAGUGUGCAUUGUUGUUGUUGAUCUUUUUGAGACAGGGUCUCACUAUGUGGUUCAGGUUGGCCUUGAAUUUACAGCAAUCUUCCUGCUUCAGCCUCCCGAGUGCUGGAAUUACAGGGCCAGGAGAGCAGCCAACGUCCUCCUUUUCUCUUCACCCCUUGGCAUCUGGACCCAGGAAUGGACCCUUCUUUUCCCCAGGCUCCUCCCCUGGGCCUGCUGCCGGCUGGAUGGACACCCCGGAGUGGGUGAUGGGGGCCAACAGGAGCACAGCGGUGCCCCUGCCUGGGGCCCCAAACAUCAGUGUGCCACACCGCUGCCUGCUGCUGCUGUACGAGGACGUGGGCACCUCCAGGGUCUGGUACUGGGACCUCCUGCUGCUCAUCCCCAACGUGCUCUUCUUUGUCUUCCUGCUCUGGAAGCUUCCGUUUGCUCGGGCCAAGAUCCGCCUCAGCUCCAGCCCCAUUUUCAUCACCUUCUACAUCCUGCUAGCCUGUGGCCUGCAGGAGGAGGGGCCCUGUGGAGCAGGAGGGAGGCUCGGCUCAGCCCGACAGGAGACCGGGAGGCGGGAGUCCCUGGAUAGAUGCUGGGAGGGAGACUCUGCAGCAGCGUCACCCAUCAUCCGUCUGUCCUUUCCUCCGUCCAUCCUGGGAGACCAACUUCCUACCACAGGGAGAGCCGGACUUCUCAUUACGUGGUGGUCCUGGUGCAUGGGACAAGGUGUUCGUGGUGGCCCUGGUGGGCAUUGCCCGGGCUGUUGUGUCCAUGACAGUCAGCACCUCCAGUGCCACAAUGGUGGCCGACAAGAUCCUGUGGGAGAUCACCCGCUUCUUCCUGCUGGCCAUCAAGCUAAGCGUGGUCAUCCUGGGCCUGGCCUUCGGUCACCUGGAGAGCAAGUCAAGCAUCAAGCGGGUGUUGGCCAUCACCACUGUGCUGUCGCUCACCUACUCGGUCACCCAGGUCCGAGGAGGGAGCCAGGUUGGAAAGCUCAUCAGGGUACCCUGGAGAUCCUGUACCCUGACGCCCACCUAUCUGCCGAGGACUUCAACAUCUACGGGCACGGGGGCCGUCAGUUCUGGCUGGUCAGCUCCUGCUUCUUCUUCCUGGUCUACUCGCUGGUGGUGGUCCUGCCCAAGACCCCGCUGAAGGAGCGCAUCUCCUUGCCCUCGCGGAGGAGCUUCUACGUGUAUGCGGGCAUCCUGGCGCUGCUCAACCUGGUGCAGGGGCUGGGCAGCGCGCUGCUGUGUGCCAACAUCAUCGAAGGGCUCUGCUGCGUGGACGCCACUACCUUCCUCUACUUCAGCUUCUUCGCAUUCGCACCACUCAUCUACGUGGCCUUCCUGCGGAGCUUCUUCGGCUCGGAGCCCAAGAUCCUGUUCUCCUAUAAAUGCCAAGUGGACCAGACCGAGGAGCCGGACAUGCACCUGCCCCAGCCCUAUGCUGUGGCCGGGCGGGAAGGCAUGGAGGCCUCUGGGGCCACGAGCACGCAGUUUGCCUCUGGGGGCGUGGCCUACCUGGAUGAUGUGGCCUCCAUGCCCUGCCACACAGGCAGCAUCAACAGCACGGACAGCGAGCGCAGGAAGACCAUCAAUGCCUGAGGGGCUGUGGCUCAGCCUGGGGACCCAUGGGACAGAGGUGGGGAGUCCGGGGCCAGCCUCCAGGUGGGGGAUGUGGGGGUCACCUGUACCCCAAGUCUGGAGGCCACUUCCUAUUGUCCCCCUGUGCUCCAGCUAGGGACCCCUCCUCUUGCCACCCACCCUCACCUGCUAAGUGCCAGGCCCAGAUGCCAUCUCCCAGGGCACAGCCAGGCACUCAGGAUGGCUCUGCUCAUGCCCAGGGCGCGGUGGUCUCCUCGGGGCCUGUUGUGAGGGAUAGGCUGCAGCGUGUAUAUUUUCUCGAUCUAUUUUUUAAUAAAAAGAGAAAAACAGGA